GUUCACCACACGGAAGCAGCGGCAGGGUAAGCAACGGGCUGGGAUCCGGUGUAGGCGGCGCCAGGUCAGCACCGGGACCCGGGGCAGAUUAUACGGGAUACUGCACCGUUACGCAAAAGUGAUCUAAAAGCUUCUGGGAAAAGAUUUACCUGGUUACAGCUGGAAAGACGUUUGAGCUUGGGUUUGGUGUGGGUGGAGAACAUCCUACCCCUCUUGAGGCAUGGUCACCAUCGGAGAUUUACAUGAGGAUGUUUUGGUGGUGCUUCUGUCCUAUAUCCCUGCUCGUGAGUUAGUUUUGACAUGCCGCCUCGUCUGCCGAGUUUGGAAGGAGUUGGUGGACAAGGUGCACAUUUGGAAACGGAUGUGUAUUCGAGAAGGAUACUUUAAAAGAGAUUGGGAUGUAUUCCCACAGGACUGGAAGAAAUUUUACUUCCUUCAUCCUUUUAAGAGAAACCUGCUAAAAAACCCUAGUGCUGAAGAGGGUUUUCAGCAUUGGACCAUUGAUAUUAAUGGAGGUGAUCGGUGGAACAUUGAAAAAUUGGCGGAGUCCCAUUCAUCUGACAUUCCUAACAAAGAUAUAAAUAAAUACUUUGUGACAUCUUAUGGGUUAUGCCGUAAAUCUCAGAUCAUUGAUUUAGUGGAAAAUGGACUGUGGGGCCAUUUGCUUGAUAUAAUUCAACCUAAAAUUGUUGUAAAAGAUUGGUAUGCAGCAAGAAAUGACUGUGGCUGUAUUUACAAGUUAUACGUCUCUCUGCUUUCUGAAACAAAGUCCAUUAUUGAUAAAUUUGAGUCGAAGAAGAUUAGAAUCCCCCAGUGGAGUGAUGCAAAAUGGAGUGAGAUCGUCCAUGUUUUCAAAGACUAUGGGCCUGGUGUUCGAUACGUUCACUUUUCACAUGAAGGGAAGGACACACAAUUCUGGGCAGGAUGGUAUGGAAUCCGCGUCACCAACAGUAGUGUUACCAUAGAACCAUGAGUAGCAGGGACCAGUAUCUCUCUGGAUACGAUGAAACAUUACUGCAAAGAGUAAACUCAUACAAAAAUGGCAUGCGCUAUGAAAUCGGAAAAAAAUCAGCAAGUCAACGGAAUCUGGGAAGAGAUCUAAUGAUGGGUCAAUGACCUGAAACGUUAAUUUUGUUCUACUCUCCACAGAUGCUGCCUGACUUGCUGAGUAUUUUCAGCACUUUCUGACUUUAGGAAACGGCACUUGCAUUUGUAUAACCAGUAUAUACAUAUGUAUAUGUUUUGACAGUUAUUAAUUCGUUCUUACUUUGUAAUAUCUUGGACUUGAUUUCAUGUGAUUAUUUUCUCCUCUGGUUUGAAUUAAAAACUAUACUAACAAAGAGCUAUCAGUAGGAAAUAACACUUUAAUUGUAAAAGGCAAAUGUUUUAUGACAACUUCAUUGAGAGCAAUUUGUAUGAUGAUUGUGAGUUGUGUUGUGACGGAGUUGCACUUGGUUGUUCAGUGUGAUGAUAGGAAUGGCUCGAGGAUCCUGUGACAUGCUUCCUGUCAUUAAUAUCUGAGGCAUUCUGAACUGAGAACCUUUGCUGGAGAAGAAAAUUGUUCAACUUUUUAAAAUAAUUUUCUAUUUUUUUACGUUGGAUACUUUCAGGAGAAAAUAGUUAUCCCUCUGCUAUACCUAAUUGAAUUCAAACAUUGUUUUUCUAUAUCUGAGAAUAAUUGUUAAUCAAUUAGCUUCAUUUUGUCUGUCUCAUUUACUUUAACAAAUGCAUUGAUGCAUUUUAAUCAUUAAAUAGAGAACUCUAGGGCAAACUAAAAUGUUGAGUUCAGCUUGUUGAUUUUCCAUUUUAAGUGUGCUUCCAUUUUAAUCAAAGUAGCAUAGAGAUUUUGUGAUUGGCUUUCCUCAGAUAUUUGUCAUUUAAAUAAGAAAAAAGCAGCAUCAGUGACAUCACACAAAAUGGCAAAUGUGUCUCUGAAAGAUGUUCCAUUAUAUCUGCUUACAAUGCAAUGGAUAUGUCUGCUUUGAAUGAGCAGCUAAAUGUUAAUUAGAUGCACUGGAUCUACUCGUGUUAAAAGAUCAGCACAUUUAAAUGACCUCUUGUUAGUAUCUGAGGUUGCCUUGCCCUCAUUCAUGCAGUACUAAUUAGCUGUGAUAGGUAGGAUAUUCGCUUCAGUCAGAUACUGCCUCAAUGAGAGAAAGAUCUUUGCUUUUCAAAUGCAAUAAGAAACAUACACUUGUCCUUCUCAUUACUUCAUAAUUACCUCAUAUUCCAAGAGGAGUGCUAUCAGCCAGAGGUAUUUUAUGGGUUUUUUGGAUAAUGGUAAAAAUGUUUGAAGUUCGUGUUAUAAAGAGGGUAAAACUACCAUGAGGUGUUUUACAGAUUCAUCAGCUUUAAUUGGAAAUUUUGCACUGAGAGAGAUUCAUAGAUCAACAGGGAAAAUGCACUGUUGGUAAUGUUGAAAAUUAUUUUUGAGGCUGAUGCUGGGAGUCCGGAGCAACACACAAAAAGCCAGAGAAUCUCAGCAGGACGUAUGGAGGGUCGAUGUUUCAGGUUGAAACCCUCAUCAGGGCAAUAGAAUGAGCAUUAAUUUUUUUUAAUCUGGCAGAAUAUUGUGACCUGUCUGAACAAAGAAGACAAAUUUGUGCUUUCUUGCCCAAAUCUGCUGUAAAUGAGGACCAUUUGUAUCAGUCUGUUUUUGUCCUGUUCUGCACAUGUUUAUGAGGUCAGUUCCUACAAUAAAAUGUUCUUCAAUAACUGAA